UCGUUGAUCUUGACAGUUGGCCCAGUGCUAAAAGUAACAAACAAAUUUGGCAUAUAUUGAUAAGAACUUCCAGUUGUUAUAUUUUCCUGUUUUGUUGCACACGUUUUUCUCAAGAUAAUAAAUAGUUUUUAGUGAAUGUAAAUAGUUCGUUUAUUUAUUUUUUGGGUGCUUUACAAGUUAACAUUUUUUAAAAACAUGUCUUCCAUACUCUUGAGAAAUCGUGGCGCAACAAUGCUAAAGAAUUGUUUACCAAAUUCGUUUAAAGUUUGUGGAAAACUCGUAAACGUAAAACAAAUACGUUGUUUGCACCUCACGCCAUGCAUGGAAAAAAUACUAUCGUUUAAACUCAGUGACAUCGGUGAAGGAAUACGUGAAGUUACUGUAAAAGAAUGGUAUGUGAAGGUCGGUGACAAGGUGGAGCAGUUCGAUGAUCUCUGCGAAGUGCAAUCGGAUAAGGCGUCCGUAACGAUCACUAGUCGUUACGAUGGCAAAAUCGCGAAAAUACAUCAUCCCGUGGAUGAUAUUGCUCUUGUCGGCAAACCGUUGUUGGAUUUUGAUGUGGAAGAGGAUGAGGCAGACGACUCCGAUUCGGAGUCCAGCUCAGAUUCAGAAGCGGAAUCCAACUCAACUGCGCAAUCAAAUAGCGAAAAAGUUGCCAGCGAUGAGGAUGUCGCGCGCAACAUAACGCUUGCAACGCCUGCAGUGCGUCGUUUGGCUAUGGAAAAUAAAGUAGAUCUCUCCAAAGUGCCGGCCACAGGAAAACUGGGGCGUGUACUUAAGGGAGAUGUACUGGAGUACUUGGGACAUGUACCUGCUGGCACCAAUAAACCGCAUCCUACCAUCGCGGCAAAAUCAGAGUUGUCUAGUGCGCCAAAAGCUGCAUCGCCAGUUGUUGCUGAUCGCGUUGAACCGCUGAAAGGUGUGCCCAAGGCGAUGCUGAAAGCCAUGUCUGAAUCUCUGAAAAUCCCACAUUUCGCCUAUAGCGAUGAGAUCGAUAUGACCAAACUGAUUGAUUUCCGUGACCAAUUGAAGACAGUGGCCAGUGAACGCGGUAUUUCUAAACUCACAUUCAUGCCAUUCUGCAUCAAAGCUGCGUCUGUUGCACUCUCUAAGUACCCAAUACUGAAUAGUUCACUCGAUGUUGCGAAGGAAGCAGUGAUAUACAAAGCUGCACACAACAUCAGUGUUGCCAUAGACACGCCACAAGGCUUGGUAGUGCCAAAUAUUAAGAAUUGUGAGCGUAAGAAUAUACUUGAUAUUGCCAAGGAUUUGAAUGAGUUGGUCGAGAGAGGCCGUAAAGGCGCUUUAACGCCACGAGACUUUGCUGAUGGCACUUUCUCACUUUCGAACAUUGGUGUGGUUGGUGGUACCUAUACGCAUCCCUGCAUUAUGGCACCACAAGUGGCCAUCGGCGCUAUGGGACGGACAAAGGCUGUACCGCGUUUUAACGAAAACGAUGAGAUCGUUAAAGCUUAUAUCAUGAAUGUGAGCUGGUCCGCAGAUCAUCGUAUAAUUGAUGGCGUCACCAUGGCUCAGUUUUCGAAUGUGUGGAAACAAUAUCUGGAGAACCCAGCAUUAUUUUUGCUUAAUUAAGCUUUGAAAAGAACUUCUGUACGAGUUUUAGAACUUCGUCUCGAGUUUUUAAACUCAUUCUUGAGUUUUAGAACUUCUGGACGGGUUUUACGGACGAGUUCUAGAACUUCCUCUCGAGUUUUAGAGCUGCUUGACGAGUUUGAGAGGUGCAAUUUCAACAUGAAAGGCUGUUUGCUGCAUUUAUUUACAUAAUACGUGUUUUUUUAU